AUGUCGAGGUUAUCAGAGUUGCUAGAUGUUGGGAAAUCCAACACUGCGAAAUAUGCCAUACUCGCAGCCGUCGUGCUAAUCAUAUCCGAAAUAACGAUAAUCGUCUAUAAUCUUUACUUUCACCCGCUCCGUGACUAUCCCGGGCCGACAUUAUACAAAGCAUCCCGACUACCGUGGGCUUUCAAAUUUGCCACCGGCUCUCAGGCUUUCUUCGUUCAGAAACUUCACGACGAAUAUGGACCUGUCGUUCGUAUCGGGCCCAACCACCUUUCCUAUACGGAUCCGAGAGCAUGGAAAGACAUCUAUGGUCAUCGAAUCGGCGGCGAAAGCAGCAUGAAUGAGAUGUCGAAGGCGCAUACUUUCGCUAAGACGAUUCGCAACAGACCCGACUCGAUCUUGACUCUAAAUCGCGAUGAUCACUCUAAGUUUCGCCGCGCCCUUUCUCACGGUUUCUCGGAUAGUGCGAUGCGUGAGCAGGAACCAAUGAUUGGGAAGUAUGUCGACCUAUUAAUCAGGAGGCUACACGAGGAAUGCGAAAACGGAAAGAAGAAGCUAAACAUGGAGGCUUGGUACAACUGGACUACUUUCGACGUGGUAGGCGAUCUUGUUUUCGGGCAGUCAUUCCACUGUCUUGAGAACAUCGACUAUCACCCCUGGAUUGAGACCAUCUUCAAAAGUGUGCACUUCGGCGCUAUUAUGGUCGCUUUGACAUACGCUGGCCUGGGCGAACUUGUACAGAUUAUAUUCAAGUUUGGAAGCUCUUCUAAAAAAGCACGCCAGUACACCAGGGACAUGCUGACUACGCGACUCGCUAUGGAAGGGAAGCGCGAUGACCUCUUCGAGGGCGUGCUUAAGAAACGCGAGGAAUGGAAUCUCUCAUUCGACAUGCUGUCUGCAAAUGCAUUCAUCCUCGUGCUAGCUGGAUCUGAGACGACAGCAACGACCUUAUCUGGCGCUACUGCUCUCUUACUCUCCCACCCAGAUAUCCUCGCGAAGCUCCAGCAGGAAGUCCGCUCGUCGUUCAAAAGCGCCGAUGACAUCACAAUCACUUCGGUCAACAAGCUGUGUUACAUGCUCGCGAUCCUCAAUGAAGCACUACGUCUUUACCCCCCAAUCACCUCGGGUCUGGUUAGGAUAGUGCCCCGUGGCGGCCAACAGGUUGCCGGUCGUUACGUUCCCGAAGGCACAUUCGUCGAGGUCCAACAGUGGUCGAUGAAUCACAGCAAGGACAACUGGAAAGACCCUUGGGAGUUCCGGCCUGGGCGAUUCUUAGAUACUCCAGAGGCGGCUGCAAAGGCAGGGAACAAACUUGACACACUCCAGGCAUUCAGUACAGGGCCUAGGAAUUGCAUCGGACGCAAGUAUGGCAACCCUUGA